AAGCAAUUUUUUGUUGGUGCUAUAUAAGGGGUUACAAUAUUGGGAUAGGAGUACAAUUCAUUAACGAUCGUUGAAGUAUAACGAACUCAGCAGACACAGCAGCCCAAGAGCGAGUGCGUGAAAAGUUCUGUUUAGUUCAACGUUAAGUGUGCUUUCUUCUGGCAAGAACAUUCGAGUAUCGGGUAUCCCGAGUGAAGUGUGAACUAAUAACAACAACAACAAAAAAUCUCAAAUCAUGAAAGUGUUCAUCAUAUCCGCGGUCCUGGUGGCCUGUGCGCUGGCUGCCCCGGCCCCUGCUGAGGAAUCUUCGACCUCUGGAACUGCCCUGAACAUGGCCCUCAAGUACUUCGGCAGUUGUUUGGAAUCCGACGAAAUGGGCACCUGUUUCGCAGUGAAAGGAAUUACGGCCCUGAACCGAGCCGCCCGUGCCAGCAACAUUGAAAUCGUGCCUGGUGUUACCUUCUCAAGAGAUCCUUCGGCUCCUGUUGACCGUAUGGGCAAAUCAGUCUCUGAGAAUGAAAUCAUCAGCACCCUGCAGACCAACGCCGAGGACAAGAGCGAUGUCCUGUUCGACAUGGCCAUUGAUUCCGCCAAGCGUCUGUUCGCCGCUCGCUCGAUCCAGUUCAAGCUGCCGGAGGAAGCCUCCGAAACCAUCGCUCGCUCUAUCGAAGAAGGUAGACUGCUGAAGAAAGGCAAGAAGCUGAAGAAGAUCCUUGGCCCAUUGGUUCUGGCCAUCGGAGGCAAACUGUUCGCUCUGAUGCCACUGCUCCUCGGUGGAGUCGCACUGCUUGCCCUGAAGGCCCUGUUCGUCUCCAAGAUUGCUCUUGUGCUAGCCGUUAUCUUGGCCGUCAAGAAAUUCGUUGGCGGAGCCGUUGAAGGUGCAUCCACACUGGGACUGCUGUCGAAGGCUGUUGGAGGUGCUGCUGCUGGUGCCGGAGCUCUGGGAUCCGCUGCCUUGGCUGGAGGUGCCUCCGGUGCCGGUGGCUCCGGAUGGGCAUCCGGUGGUGGUGCUAGCGGAUGGAACCAGGGAGGUGCUCAGUAUCCUUAUGCCCGAAGCUACGAUACCGCUCAGGACCUCGCCUACAACGCACAGGCCCCAAAAUCGUAAACAACCCCGCUAACACCGCCAAACGAUACCAUACUAGACUAAGAAGCUCCAACUUCCCACACUACUCUAGAUAAACUUUCAACCUGUCGUCUUCGCACGCCUAUUUUUGGUGUUUAUCCUGGGUCCUUUACCCAACCACCUGUCUCAGCAAACCUAAAUCUAAAUAAUUUCAUGCGAGAGUCAGAAAGCGAGACCUAUCGUUGACGAGUGUAAAAAACUAGUCGGAAUAUGGCCCCACUCGAGUGCACCAACCACUGAUUACAGCAAUUAAAUGCCACAGUGGAUGGUGACGCAAAUGAUUCACCGAAAGGCGCCGCAUCAGCCUUCGCUCCCACAAAUAUUUCUUCCACACCUGACAGCACCGACAAAUCAGCCACUCUCACCUCUCUAUCUCUCCAAACUUUACCUCCAAUUCGACUAUCCGACUAUCACUCGGCUGAGAGAGAGAGAAAAAGAAUCAUCAACCCGCCGAAGUUAAUUGAACAAGAAACAGACGUACAACACAUUAGCUUGCAAUGAUUGGUAAGCCACCUAUUUGUACAUACACACACACACACACAGACGCACCGCUGCAGAGAUAUAUACCAAACUCCACGAUCAAAAGAUUCUGUCGAGCUAUGUCCCGUUUCCAUCGCUAUCCUUUCUCCCCCUAUCUGGGACGUUCAACGCCUUGACCUUUCUUCCUAUACACCCUUGAACUGAUGCUGUCUUGCUGCUGCCUUCUCAAGCUCCUAGUGUUUUAUUAGUGGUUAAGUUUAAUUUAUUCUGCAAACAUGAGGAGAGAUCUGCGAACAAAUGCGAGUAGGAGAACGAACGUGUAAUUAAUUUAUUUAAUUUAUGAUGUAAUUAUUAGCUCAAAAGGAAGAAGGUGAGAAGAAACAAAACGAAGUAGAUACAAAACAACGAAACAAUCCGCCGCCAAUAGCACCCACACAAAACAAAAAAAAAACACACACACACACACACCACUUUAUCCUCGACUGUAUAGAAUACCACUCAUUGUAUUGAUGUUUUUCGUCCGAUAAGAGGAAAAGUGUCAAUAGUCAGUAUAUUGUUUUGUUUUUCUUUCAUUUCAAGUGAAGUAUAAAUAAAGUCCCCAAGAGGAGUUGAUUCGAGGAAAGUGA